CUCUGCCGGCCUCACUCUGUCUCUGCCCGGCCGCCUGAUGCUCAUGCUGCAGUCGCCCGAGUCGGGUCCCGGCGCGCUCAUGGCCCAGCCCGAAGCGGUAAAUCUGGCCGGCUGCCUCCGGGACGAGGAGCCUGGCCAAGCUGCGCGCCCUCGAGGGCGCAGACUCUCCGGCCGCCGCGGGUCUGCCUACAAAAUCAGCCGCCGGAGCUCGGCCGAGAUGGGGCUGCGGGCUUUCGAGGGCGGCGUCCCGGCCGCAGCCCCGACGGCGACACUGCCCCCUGCGAGCGCCGCGCCGACUACGGGCUCGGCGGGAAGCGAGAGCCCUCCCGAGACUGUCCUCUCGCCCUCGCUGCUGUCUCCCGCCGAAAGUCGCCACAGUCGCGCCCACUGGGCUCAAGAGGAAAACGAGGAGGCCGAGACCCGCGCCGUGGCCACAUCCCCCGACGGCCGCUUCCUCAAGUUCGACAUAGAGAUCGGGCGCGGCUCCUUCAAGACCGUCUACAAGGGGCUGGACACCGAGACCACCGUCGAGGUGGCCUGGUGCGAGCUGCAGACACGGAAGCUGUCCAAGGCAGAGCGGCAGCGCUUCAGCGAGGAAGUGGAGAUGCUGAAAGGGCUCCAGCAUCCAAACAUCGUUCGCUUCUAUGACUCCUGGAAGUCCUCUGUCAAAGGGCAGGUCUGCAUUGUGCUGGUGACGGAGCUCAUGACUUCAGGCACUCUAAAAACGUACCUGAAGCGCUUCAAGGAGAUGAAGUUGAAGGUUCUUCAGCGCUGGAGCAGGCAGAUUGUGCGGGGACUGCAUUUCCUGCAUACACGCUCCCCUCCAAUCAUCCACCGUGACCUAAAAUGCGACAACGUCUUCAUCACAGGGCCUACUGGCUCUGUGAAAAUUGGGGACCUUGGCCUGGCCACACUCAAGCGUGCAUCAUUUGCCAAGAGUGUUAUAGGGACCCCAGAAUUUAUGGCACCAGAGAUGUACGAGGAGAAGUAUGAUGAAGCAGUGGAUGUUUACGCUUUCGGCAUGUGCAUGUUGGAGAUGGCAACAUCCGAAUAUCCUUACUCAGAAUGCCAGAAUGCAGCUCAGAUCUAUCGCAAGGUCACCUCGGGCAUGAAGCCUAACAGUUUCUACAAGGUGAAGGUGCCUGAGCUGAAGGAGAUCAUUGAGGGCUGCAUCCGGAUGAACAAGAAAGAGAGAUAUACCAUCCAGGACCUUCUGGAUCACUCCUUCUUCCAGGAGGACACAGGUGUCCAUGUGGAACUGGCUGAAGAGGACGAUGGGGUGAAGUCCAACCUGAAGCUUUGGCUGCGGAUGGAUGACUCCAAAAAUCUACAUGGGAAGUAUAAGGACAACAAUGCCCUGGAAUUCCAUUUCGAGCUUUACAAGGAUGUGGCUGAGGAAGUUGCCCAGGAAAUGGUGAUGCUGGGCUUUGUGUGCGAGGCAGACUACAAACUCGUGGCCAGAGCAGUGCGUGAGAGGGUACUUGCCAUCAAGCGCCAACGUGAGAAGGCCAAGCGGGCUCAGGAGGAGCAGAAGAGGCAGGAGAAGGGGUCCACACCCCCUCCAGAUAUCCUGCAACUGCUGGAGCUGGGCUCUCCCCCACCUCUCAUCCCAGCCCAGGCCUCCAAACCUGCCAUGCCUGGAUCCCGAGACUCAGCGCUUGGCCCAACUUUCCCCCUGGAGCCAGAAGAACCUGAGGUUGACCAGCACCAGCCCUUCUUGUACCAGCAUGGUUAUUCCUCUGCCACGUCUGACUGUGAGACCGAUGGCUACCUGAGUUCCUCCGGAUUUGUGGACAUGGCUGAAGCACCCCAGAGUCUCCCCAGCCCAGCAGCUGCCCCUGAGUGCUCCUUCUCUUCGAGCAUUGCUGUGAGCCCGCACCCUGUCUCCACCAGCGACUUCUCACCCAUGGACAGUUACACAUCAGAUGUGGCAUCUGGCUUGAGUGAUGGCUAUGAGGGCCUGUCUGCUGGAGAGUGCAGAGUGAAGCCCUUGGUCAAGCGAGGGUCUGGAAGGUUACUGAGACGGCGUGCCCGAUCUCGCUUGCGAAUCACAAACAUCUCAGACCAGAAUGAUCGGGUGGUAGAGUGCCAACUGCAAACUUACAAUAACAAGAUGGUCACCUUUAAGUUUGACCUGGAUGGGGACAGCGCAGAGGAGAUUGCAGCUGUCAUGGUAGCCAAGGAGUUCAUCCUAAAAUCUGAACAAGGUGGAUUCAUCCAGCGAAUCCAUGAUAUUGUCCAGCGUGUGGAAACUCUCCUGCGCAAAGAUGGGAGGAACAAAGACCAAGAGGUUGUGGGCAGCCCUGAGGUGCAGGGCCUGUCCUCUCCCUUAGCUGCUGAUGGAUUCUCAGGUCAGCUGCAAAGCCUUUCACGAUCCAUCUCCUCAUCCUCAUCUCUGAGUGAUCUGGGCUGCUCCAGCCCUGGCCAGUCCAUUUCGUCCCCACUUGGGAAUGAGCUCUUCAGUCCCACGGACCCACCAGCAGGCGCCCAGGCCUUUGGGAUUCCUCUGCCGUCAACGCCACUCAAAGGUGUCCCCAGUCUGGCUGCACAGACCUGCUCCUCUUAUCCCAGGGUGCCAGUGACUCCUCCCUACGUGCUUCCAGUGCCCCAACCAAUCCCCCCGCCGAGUCCUCUCCUUCCUCCCUUGACCCUCGCUCCCCCCACUGUUCCAUCCGUUGACACUACUGGGCAUGUGCCCCCCCUGCCCCUCUGGACCUCCUCCCCUUCCCCUCUAUUCUCUCUGGCCAACGUCUUCUCCCUGGCCAUGAUGAGCAUGGCCCAGACGCUUCUGCCAGCUGUCUCCGGAGUCCCUACUCAGACGGGCCCUCUCUACACCUCCCCUGUGCCACAGUCCCCGGGGAUCUGCCCACCUAGCUCAACUGCUGCCCAAUUUAUCUACCCAGAGAUGGUGCCUCCUGCUAAACCUGCCCAGCUGGUCAACGGGCUGUUUGGGUCAUGGGCAUCUCCAGGCUGUCCACUGCCCUCAAACGGCUCUGCCCCGGGGAGUCCUGGCAACAGCCUGCAGGCACCUUCUUCCACCGGUUCCCGUCCUGGGUCACACGUGGUUGCAUCAGAUUCUCCUGACCCUGCCUGUCAUGCUGCCCGGCUCUCCCCCAUCAAUGAAGAGCCCAAGCCACAGAUCCUGGGCCGCUUCCAAGUGACGCCAACGCGAGAUGUGCCCCCGGAGAGCCCCCCCAAGGUCAAUGGGCCCAACUCAUCUGGUGCCUCAGAGUCGGAUAGCGAGUCUCCAGGAGGAACACCGGUCCAGGAAGCAGAGGAGGGCACCACACCGGUGGCAGAAGGAGAAGGGGAAGUGGAGGUUCAUUCCGGUCCCCAUCUCUGGGUGAACUACUUGCACAGCAUCUCCUAUCCAAGCAGCGACGACACGGACAGCGCAGAGGAUGACGACGUCUGGGAGGAGUUGCAGCUCUUGCGCCAGAAGCACCUCUCUGAAGUACAAAUGCUCCAGGCCCGGCAGAAGCAAGAGAUUGAAGAACUCUACGCCCGCCAGGGCAAGGUGCCGCCUGCUGGCAUCGUGUCCCCUGCUGCCAUACUCUCCAACCGCCAGCGCCGUCUCUCCAAGGGCAGCUUCAGCUCCUUCCCACGGCGCAACAGUCUGCAGCGCCUGGAUGUGGGGCAGCCCCAAGGGAUCAUGAGGAGGAAUUCUGUCAAUGGAGGGAGCAGCAGUCUGUCCCCGGAGCAGAGACAAAGCAAAGGGGUGACCUUUGCUAGCGACGUGGGGCGCAUGAUCAUUGGCUGCCCAGAUGUGGUAGGACCCCUGCUUUGGAUUCAGAUGUUUGCCUAGAACCUGUUCAGAUAGUAGCCGUCCUGUCUGAAGACUCUUCUGUAGACUACCUCAGCCUGCUGCCCACUGCCCAAUGAUAGGAGCAGGUAGCCAAGGACUCUGCUACUGAGCAAAGCCCUCCGCAGUGGAAGAUUGACGCAGCAGCUGCCUUUUGCCGAUCACCAACACCACCCUGCCAGAGCAGUGGAAGGAAAAGAGCCUGGAAGUGGCAGAACAGCCUGGGGGAAAUCUGCCUACCUGGAGCGAGCAGUGAAGGAGCAGCUUCCCACUUUGGGCUACGCAAAGAGACAGUCCUUUUGUUUGGGGACUCCUUGCGUGCAGAAAGCCAGGGGGGUGUGCGGGGGUGUGUGUGCGCACACGUGCCUUCAGUGCCUACUGUCACUGAAAGAGGAUGCCCUGCUCCUGAGAUCAGAGGUCUUUGUGCUGUGGAGCGCCUCCUCCUGUUCCCAGCCAGAUUAAAGCCAUUUGUCUCAGGUCCCUGCAAAGAAGUUGGUGGGGUGGGGAGCUGUGCAGGUAUUUUGCUUGGCUUAGUUCCCAAAGCUCUCCAAAAUCUUUCAGUGGCUGCCUUUAGGGGGAAUCCUUCAGAAUGUUAAAGGGAUAGAGGCCCCUUCUAGCAUCCCUUAGUCCCCAUGUUGCCUUAGCUACCAAGUUGCCACUCCUGACAGCACUGGCACCUCCUUUUUUUGCACUCUUUCACCCUCCUGGGGUGGUGAUGGGAGCUGCCCUCAUAGGUGUGGGGAGGGCUCUACUUUUACCCAGAUGGGAAUCUGCACUUUGGAAACAAGCCCCGCUGCUUUCACCCGUGUAUGUUUUUAAAAUAAAUAGAGGA